AUGAGCUUGCGGGAAUAUUCUCUUGUGGCGGAGACUGAUGUGCAGAAACUUGGUAUCCAGUUCCGCGGGGCGCCUCCAGAGAGGGUCUUCGUGAGUGCUGUAGCCGCAGGUUCAUUUGGCUGCGUCCAGGGAGUGCAAGCUGGAGACGAACUUUUGGAGCUUGGUGACAAGCUUGAUGCAGUUCCAGAAGACCAGUUCAGACCAAAGUUGGCUUUGCGGCCCUUGAGUUUGAAGUUUUCAAGCUCUCACAGAUCCUACACAGUCGCAGCGAGUCAUGUUGAUGCAAAGCUCGGAAUCACAUUUCAUGGAAUGCCACCUGGCUCUAUACAAGUCAAGAGCACUGCCAAAGGUUUAUUUGGAUAUGAGCGAGGUGUUCAGGAGGGGGACAUCCUCUUGGAAGUUGGCAAAGAUCUUUUGGCCUCCUUGGACGGCAUGAGCGCUGAUACUUUCAAGAGCUUCUUGAGGGAUCGUCCUCUCAGAAUGAAGUUCCAAGUUGCUGAAAAUGCCGCAUCGGUUAUCCUGCAGGAUCCUUCCUUCCAAGUUCAUGACAUGACAGAGGUGCGAAAACUGUCAGAUGUGCUGCGCAAAGCCGAGUACACCAUUGUCGCAGACGCAGACGUUGGCAAACUGGGUGUGACCUUCCAUGGCAUGCCCCCGGGGCGCAUUGAAGUCAAGGGCGUUGCGGAGGGCAUGUUUGGCAGCGCCCACAGUGUGCAGGAGGGAGACGUGUUGAUUGAAGUUGGCACGGAUAAGCUUCAGGCUCUGGAGGGCAUGAGUGCCGAGACCUUCAAGAGCUUCUUGAAGGACCGACCACUGAAACUGAGAUUCUUAGCAGCCCAUGCAGCCGGGACUAUGGUUGAUGCAAGUCCUAUUGCAGAUUCCAGACUGGCCGAGCAAGAUGGCACAGCGGACGUUCCAGAUGAUUCAGACCCCUCAAAGAUCAAUGAAGCAGUGUACACCGUAGUAGCAGGUUCAGAAGUAGGUAAGCUUGGCAUCUCCUUCAGCGGAAUGCCGCCUGGUCGUGUUGAUGUGAAGGUCCUGACUGCGGGCUCAUUUGGUAGCGAGAGCGAUGUGCAGGAAGGCGACAUUCUCAUGGAAGUUGGCAAGGAGGAACUUCUACCGCUGGAGGGCAUGAGUUCUGAGGUAUUCAAGAACUUCUUGAAGGGUCGUCCGCUGAAAAUGAAGCUGCAACGUGCAAGAUCUACCUUGCACUCGCGUCAAGCAGUGCCGCCGACAGACGCGGCUGCAACUGCUGAACAUUCCGCAUCCGCACAGGACUUACAUGCCAACAUCACGAGCACUGAGCAAGCAUCAUUUUUAAUCUGA